AUGAAGAGAAACACAAAUAAUUCUCUGCUCUUUCUCCUCUUCUUACUGAUUCUUGUCUUGUUGACCUCUUGUUGUUUCAUUUCUGUGGAAGCAAGGAAGAGUCAUAACAGGACAAGAAAACCUCAUAAACAUCACGGCCAUGGCCACCAUGCUCAUUCUCAGAGUCCUGCCUCAUCUCCAACUCAAACUCAAACCUACACUUUUGAUGUUGUGUCUUUCGGAGCCAAGGCCAAUGGGAUUUCUGAUGAUUCCACGGCAUUUUUAGCAGCAUGGGAAGCUGCCUGCAAAGUUGGUGGUACAGUGAAAAUUCCAGCAGAACACAGAUUCCUAAUCAUGCCCAUUACUUUACAAGGACCCUGUAUGCCUCACCUCACUCUUCAGAUAGAUGGGACUCUGAUGGCUCCUCCUGCAAUAUCUUCCUGGCCAAAAUCCAGUUUAUUUCAGUGGAUAAAUUUCAAAUACGUCCACAGCUUCACCAUCCAGGGUUCUGGCACCAUAGAUGGCCAAGGCUCUAACUGGUGGACCUCCUCACAGAUUUCUCCCAUGCAGAAGGGAUAUUAUUCUCAACAGAUUCCAGGCAUGAAGCCUACUGUUGUAAGGUUUUAUUCUAGCAAUGAUGUAACCGUUCGUGAUAUCACAAUCAUAAAUAGUCCUCUGUGCCAUCUAAAGUUCGACAAUUCAAAAGGGAUCAAAGUGAAUAACAUUACAAUAUCUUCCCCAGAAAAUAGCCAAAACACUGAUGGUAUUCACUUACAGAACUCACAGGAUGCCGAGAUUCAACAUUCCAACAUUGGAAGUGGAGAUGACUGUGUAUCCAUCCAAACUGGUUGCUCAAAUAUUCAUAUUCACCAUAUUAACUGUGGCCCAGGACAUGGUAUAAGCAUAGGAGGAUUAGGAAAAGACAGAAGUGCGGCAUGUGUUUCCAACAUCAUGGUUAAUGAUGUUUCAAUGAAAAACACACUAUAUGGAGUAAGGAUCAAGACAUGGCAGGGUGGCACUGGGAUGGUAAAGAAUGUGUCGUUCUCAAGAGUCCAAGUGGAAGAUGUGAAGAGUCCAAUAAUGGUAGACCAAUACUACUGUGACAAGCUUGUGUGCAAGAACCAGACAGGAACAGUGGUGAUUUCUGGAGUGAAGUUUGAUAAAAUUUAUGGGACUUACGCAUUUCAACCUAUACAUAUAGCUUGUAGCAAUUCCAUACCUUGCACUGACGUUGAUCUAACUGAUAUUCACCUAAGGGCGUCACUUAAGUACAGAGGUUUUCAACAAGCUUUAUGUUGGAACUCUUAUGGCAAAUCUCAAGGUCCCUUGCUGCCUUCAAGCAUUGACUAUUGCUUGAGAAGUGGUGGGGGUUAUAUCAAGAAGAUAGCUAGGUCUCAUGAUAGUGUGUGUUACUAA